UCCCCUCUUCAUUUUCCUCAAGCCAGCCAAAAAACCAAACAAAAUACUCAUCUCAAACAUCCAUUUAAACAUUAACCAUGGCCUCAAUGCAAUGCUACAAAGAAGAAGCUAAGGAUUUUGAUUACUAUAGCCAUGAGAAAUCCUCAGGCACUUACCAAAAACCAACUAACUACUCGAACACUGGUUACCAACAAUCUUACUAUGAGAAAGAAAGGUGUUACGAAACCAACCCUGGAAUGACUGGUUAUGGUACUAGCCACGGCCAUCAACAUGGACUAGGUAACAGAUAUGGUAGCACUAACCCAUGUGGGCCAAUGAUGGGGCAUGGAUCAGACCAUGGUAAAAUGGGCUAUGGCUCGGGCCACAACACUCAUGGAAUGAUGGGCUAUGGCACGGGCCACAACACUCACAUGCAAAAACCUGGGUUCAGUGGAACGGGCUCGGGCGCUUUGGGCCAUGUUAUGGGCUUUGGAAAAAAACAUGAGGGACAUGGUGGCUAUGGAAUGGGGGCAACUUCUGGUUGCACCACCACUUACAAGAAGCAACACCGCAGGAGAAAGGGUGGUUACGGUAGCGGCAGCGACUGUAGCGACAGCAGUGAUGAUGAACGUCGCUGCUAAAUAACUACAGAUUUGGUAAGUAGUAGCCUGGCUUAUGAGAAGGAAGAGAGUGAAGUUCCUAGUACUAGCUAGGGAUUAUAUAACAAUAAAUAAAAAGCACAUUUCAGCCAUGGAUUGACUACUGAAGUUAUGAACCUACUAUGGAACUUGAGAAUUUGUGUGUGUGUGUUGGUGUAUUACGUACUUUAUAAUAAUGUAACUGCUUAUUCCCUUUGAAAAUAAAUCUAUGAGAAAAUAACCUAAAAAAAAGGUCUUCUUGUGUG